AUGAUGUCCCCAAGAGGCGACGCGUACAGCAGAUACAGCAUCGGGUCGAGGACAGACCCCUAUGGAACUCUAAAGCGUAGAUAAUGAUAAUAAUAACAGUGCAUCAGGGAUCUUAAGCCGAGACGUUUUUGUGCAGUUGCACUUACAUUCUUCUUCUGAGGUUUUGCCUGAAUAUUCGAGCAAAGUGUCUUUAUUACCAGUAUUGUAAGAGAACAUAGAGGGGCAUUGAACUCCCGUGUUUUAGUUGCGAUUAAAAGUCAGUUUUGGGUUCUGAUAACUGCGCGAACGCUGAAAGUCAAAAGCUGUCUUCGCAAUUGCGUUUUUGGCUGCCGUCAACAUAAUUAAGGUCACAAGCAAAGAAACCUUCGAAGAGACACACAAAGCGGAUCAAAAUCCACCAAUCAUUUCUGUUCGUAGGAGAUCCGCUAAGAUGAUUGACGGCAGUGAAGAACGCAAACGUCAGUUGGCUUUUGAACUUCAGAAUUCACGUGUUUUUGAAAAGCGCAGUAAGGGGGAGUUUGGAAAAACCAAGGGUUGGUGAAAUUGGAAUUUCAAUUACUUUAAGACUUUUUCGGUUCUUUUUUAAUAGUGAAGUAAACUACAAGUGGUUUAUCUCACUGGUUAAUAACAAAAAGCACAUUUCCUUUUUUUGUUUUUUUUUUUACAAUUAGAACAACCUUUUUGUACUGAGUUAUUGGUUUAUUCUUUUGUAGAAACAAAAAUUACAAGGAUUAAAGAAGAGGGCGUGUUUCUCGUUUCAAGAUCAAGGUGGAUUGAGUGAGAUCAAAGCAAAGCUUUUUCAAUACCGGGGAAGAUUAUCGGCUUUGCGAGCGUGUCAAACGUUUCAAGAAUGUCUUAAAAAGAAGGAUUUCAUGCUCAUGGUUAGUAAAAUGAAGCUCUUUCAUCUCUACUCCAAAUCAUCGCUUUACAUAACAUUACAGAGAGUCGCCCCAUGAAAGAGAAUCCGGAUUACGGAAUCCGGAAAAUUUUUACUUGACAGAAUCCGGAAUCCAGCAAUAUUCGCUGUUGAAUCCGGAAUCCUUGGUUUCGGAAAUCCGGAACACAUUCUAAGGAAUCCUGAAUCCUACUGCCUGUAAUCCAGAAACCAAGUUCCACUGGCACAGAAUCGACACACCGCAGAAUCCAGAAUCCAAGACUAGGACUCCCUUUCAUGGAUUCCCUCACAGUCGGUAAGCGACCGCCCAAGGUGCGAAGAUUAGGUAGCCUGCGAGUAUCGAACUAUACGAGUCUCUUUCGAGAACAGGUCCCAAGAUAUCUGCUUUUAAGCAAAGAUUGUUUACUUGCAGUUUGUGUAUGUGAGGUUCCACGUUGUCACUUAUAAAAGUUCCGUAUACUCUUGGAAGCCUAGCACUGAUUGUGAACAUAGAGAUUAGACCACGGGUCAGUUGGUCGCCGACAAUAGGUUAAAAAUUACAAAACUGUCUCGCCCAAAAGUGGUCCGUAGCGGUCGCUUACUAGAGGUGAUCGUUUUCUGCUUAGAAUAAAGUGGAGAUCGUCUAAAAGCUCUACAGAGCUUGCUUGAUCUCCUGCCUUGUAGUAGUGUAAUAGGUUAUGUCUGUACAAAUGAAUUUAUGGUAAAUAAUUACAGGGCUUUGAUUGGGAAAAGUUUUGAUGUUUUUGGAUAGAUGGUCGCUUAUGGAAGGUGAUCGCUUAUGAGAGGUGAUCGCACGUGGGUGCGUUCAAAUGUAUUUUACAUUUUAUCCUUAAAAAUGUUUAUAAUUUGUCCUUCAAAGGUUUUGUUCUUUUAUUUAGUACGUUGAAGCGAUGAAAGAAUUGAGUCAAAAGCAGGCCGAGUGUGCUAUAUCGCCAGAUAAACUAAAGACGAUACUGAAUAAGAUGAGACCAUCUGAACGUUUGGCUUCACCUUUACUUGAAGAUGAACUAAUUCCCGCUUUACCGAGUGAAAUCAAGUCUGAUCUUGAGGAGGAGAUCACUGAUCAAAGGCUAGUUUAUAGAUAA